AGAAAAAUAAAUCCAUUAUAAGGGCUUUGUUUAUUUAUACUUAGUAAAUUAUAUUUUUUCUGGAGCAAGAAUGGAAAAAAGGAAAUUGCUCGUAGGCCAAAGCAACGGCACUAGAGGGUUUUUAAGUUUGUUAUUAAUGAUAUUGAAGCAGGGAAAACAGUAGAGGGAAGUUCAAAUGUCACUCUCCCUUGCUCAUUUCUUGCCACAUUUGCUUACAGGAAGAAGAAAGCUGUUAUGGGGUUUUUGACAUGGAGGAGUGGUUGUGGGCUGUGAUGGCGGAAAAUGGGGGAAGGACCCACAUCGAGAAAGAGCUUAAAAGGGUUGAAUUCAAUCCACGUAUGUGUGUGAAUGCUCCAUUUGCAUUCUUGGUUGGCUUGUGGCGGCUUUAAGAAAGGUGGGAGAUCAAAUUCCAGAGCUCUUCCACUGUUGACGAAUAUCCCUUUUGUGUAUUGGUCCUGGGUUCGCGUAGGAUUCAAGCGAGAGCGUUGGGACAAUAUCUGAUUCUGUCCUCUGAUUCUUCUUGUGGUGGUUCUGCCUUGAAGCCAAUUUGCAGUGCUCUCUGAUCAGGGAUUCAUCAGAUUCCAAACUUUUUCAGGGGUUGGAUUGGAUUGAGGCACCCUUUUGAUGAGAUUUUGGGAGUUCGUGCUCCUGAGAUGUUCUCAACUUUCUUCUAAAGUGCAAAUGCUGUUAAUUUUCUCCAGGGCUUUGUUGGACUUGGGAAGAUGAGAUAUAAUUUUGUUUCCUAUUUCCUUUCCGCUUAUUCUGCUUUUAUUUGCUCUUUUUUCCUCGAUUGUGUUAUAUUGAUCAAAUUUUCUUUGUGGUGUUGGUAUAUGUCUCCCAGUUUUCAAUUCUUGUUUUUUGAUUGCCAAACUUUUAUUCUGCUUGUUUCCUUGUUGGCCUAAGCAACUUAGAAAGUUUUCAUAAGAAGAAACAUAUUUUCGCGAAUCAGCUUUCCUUUCAUUUCCCUAACAUGGAUACUUGUGAAGAACUUCCGAAGUGAUUAUCAGCUUCCAUAAAGUCCCAGUGGUAAACACAUUUACGUAGUGGACUAAACGAAUUGCUUGCAGUAGCAGGAGAUGUCUCUGAAGAAGCUUUUUUUCCUUUCUCUGUGGGUUCAAUUGGGUUAUACAUUUCUGUCGCCUAGUUUAAUGAUUGACUAAUGUGCAGGAAAAAUUUGCCAGCCCAGAUACACUAUUUCACAUUAUGGGCUGGUUCAAAAAGAUCCUUAAAGGUUCUUCGACCCAUAAGAUAUCAGAAGGACAGUAUCAUGGGAAAUAUGAAGAUGAUAGAUUUUGGGAAGAGCCUUCACCUACAGUGAAUGCAUGGUCUGACACUGAGAAUGAAGAGAUUGAUCGUGCUAUUGCGCUUUCUCUUUCGGAAGAAGACCAGAAAGGAAAAAAGGUGGUUGACAAUGAAUCCUACUUGGAGGAAGAUGAACAACUUGCCAAAGCUCUUCAAGAAAGUUUGAACAUGGAGUCUCCUCCUCGAUAUGAUAACGAACCUAUAAUUCAACCGUAUCCAUUCUUCUUUUCGUCUGGAUUUAGGAUCUGUGCUGGUUGCAAUGCUGAGAUUGGUCAUGGGCGAUUCUUGAGUUGCAUGGGUGGUGUUUGGCAUCCAGAGUGUUUUCGCUGCCAUGCUUGCAAUCUACCCAUAUCUGAUUAUGAGUUUUCUGUGUCAGGGAAUCGCCCUUAUCAUAAAUCCUGCUAUAAAGAGCACAAUCACCCAAGAUGUGAUGUUUGCAAGAACUUUAUCCCAACAAAUUUAAGUGGGCUUAUUGAGUACAGGGCACAUCCUUUCUGGCUACAAAAAUACUGCCCCUCACAUGAGCAUGAUGGUACUCCGAGGUGUUGUAGCUGUGAAAGAAUGGAGCCGAGGGACACAAGAUAUCUGUUGCUUGAUGAUGGUCGUAAGCUAUGCUUAGAGUGUCUGGAUUCUGCAAUUAUGGAUACUCAUGAAUGCCAACCUCUUUACCUUGAAAUACAAGAAUUUUAUGAAGGUUUAAAUAUGAAAGUGGAGCAGCAAAUUCCAUUACUGUUGGUUGAGAGGCAAGCACUAAAUGAGGCUAUGGAAGGAGAAAAGAAUGGUCAUCAUCACAUGCCUGAGACUAGAGGGCUUUGCCUGUCUGAAGAACAAACCAUUAGCACUAUCUCAAGGAGGCCUAAGAUUGGGGAAGGGUAUCGAAUCAUAGACAUGUUUACAACUCCUUUCAAGCUAAUCCGUCGAUGUGAAGUGACAGCAAUUCUCAUUUUGUAUGGCCUCCCUAGGCUGUUGACUGGGUCAAUCCUUGUCCAUGAGAUGAUGCAUGCAUGGCUCCGGCUCAAAGGUUACCCCAAUCUGAGUCCAGAGGUUGAAGAAGGUAUCUGCCAGGUCUUAGCUCACAUGUGGUUGGAUGCUGAGACUUUUUCUGGGUCUGGCAGUGAAGCUUUUUCAGCAGCAGCAGCAUCGUCGUCGUCAUCAUCGUCAUCGUCACCAUCUUCAUCAUCGCCGGCCUCUGCUUCAAAUUCAUCAAAGAAGGGUAAACGCUCUCAAUUUGAGAAGAAACUAGGUGAGUUUUUUAAGCACCAGAUCGAGUCGGAUACUUCGGCAGCUUAUGGAGAAGGAUUCAGAUUAGGUAAUCAGGCGAUGCUCAAGUAUGGCCUCAAGAGCACCCUUGAGCAUAUUCGGCUGACAGGAAGCUUUCCCAUAUGAAUUACAGAUUGAUCUGCUCAUUCUUCUUAUAGAAAUCAAUACCUCAAUCCCAUUUAUACUAAGGACUCAAGCACGUGUAAAUUAGUCUAGUGACAAAUAUACCUAGAUGGGAAAAAAAUAGUGACAAUAAAGAGCAAUAAGGAGCUGCUUUUUGAAAACAAUUGUUGUAGACACCUCUCAAAUAUGGGCACUAGAUAUAUGUAUCAUCAUAAUGUUUACUGGUCAAUAUGAAGGAAGCAUAAACCAUCUCAAUGUUUAAUGGAA